AUGGAAUUUCUACGUGACAUUGCAGGGAUGGUAACUGCCGUCUCCCUAGCUACAUUUGUAGCUUACUAUACGAAUUUGGAAUUCUAUGCAGUGGUAUGCAUGGGUAUCCAAUGGCUCUCGGCGCUCUAUGCUGUUCCCAAGCAGAAUGAACGCUAUUUCGACCUUACGGGCUCCAUCACGUACGCGGUGGUAUCUCUCCUGGUCUACAGCAUUAACGGUCCUGUUUCCUGGAGAGAGUCGCUUCUGACAAUACUCGUAUGGCUCUGGUGUAUUCGUCUUGGUAGUUUUCUGUUCCUGCGCAUUCUUGAGUGCAAAGAAGACAAACGGUUUAAAGAAAUUCGAGUGAAUGCGCUACAAUUCCUGGGCGUUUGGAGUAUCCAGGGCCUUUGGGUGCUGCUCACAGUGUUACCAGUGCUAUUGACGCUUAAGCACGGUUCUCACAGCCCGCAGGUGUCGCCGUUGGACAUCGCAGGUGUCUCCCUUUGGGUUAUCGGCUACGCUAUGGAAGUCACAGCCGAUUACCAGAAGACGCACUUUCGUCGCGACAAGAGCAAGAAGGACGAGUUUAUUCAGAGCGGUCUCUGGUACUACAGUCGCCACCCUAAUUAUUGCGGGGAAAUCAUGAUGUGGGUUGGUGUGUUUUGCAUAAGCGUGCAUACUCUACCCACCACUUCACUGAAAUGUUGGGCCGCCGUGAGCCCCGUGUUUGUCGCGUUCCUGCUUAUGUUCGUGUCUGGCGUCCCACUUUUGGAAACCCAAGCAGAGGAGCGCUGGGGAAAGACCAGAGCGUGGCAAGAGUACAAGGCACAGACGAGUAUGCUGCUACCCAUGCCCAAGCACAAGACGAAGGCAGCCUGA